UUUAUAAGAAAGAUGUCAAAAUUAUAUGGAGGGGGAUUUCAAUCAGAAGAUAGAUUAUGUGUUCAAGGUGGUUUUGAUCGGCGAUUCUGCAGUUGGAAAAUCGCAAUUAUUGUCCCGGUUUUCGAGGAACGAGUUUAGUCUUGAUUCGAAAGCCACCAUCGGUGUUGAAUUCCAAACGAGGACUUUAGGAAUCGAUAACAAGACUGUCAAAGCUCAGAUUUGGGACACUGCUGGUCAAGAAAGAUAUAGGGCAGUGACAAGUGCGUACUACCGAGGUGCUGUUGGAGCAAUGCUGGUCUAUGAUAUCACCAAACGUCAAUCUUUUGAUCACAUUGCUAGGUGGUUGGAGGAACUGCAUGGCCAUGCUGAUAAAAACAUUGUCAUCAUGCUUGUAGGCAACAAGACUGACCUUGGUAGUCUUCGUGCUGUACCUACUGAGGAUGCCAAAGAGUUUGCUGAGAAGGAGAACCUGUUCUUUAUUGAAACAUCGGCCUUAGAAGCAACAAAUGUAGAGACAGCUUUUGUUAAUGUCUUGACAGAGAUAUAUAGGGUUGUCAGCAAGAAGUCCCUUGUUGCCAAUGAGGCUGAAUCCGCUGCAGGGAGUUCAGCUCCUCAGGGGAAAGAAAUUGUUGUUCCUGGCCAAGAACCUGUACCAAGUGGGAGCUCGUACAGUUGUUGCAGAUCUUCAUAGGGGUCAAGUUGUAUAUGUUUUACGGUUUCAGAUUUCAGUUCUCUGCACGUCUAUCAAAUGCAAAGUGAGUGCUACGAUAACGUGCUAAAUUGGUGGUCAAUUCAUCCAUUUUUGUUUGUCUAAUCUGCACUUUCUUAAGUGUAAAAAGAAUUAAAGGUGGAAGCCAUAAAAUUUUAAUCUUGAUCUUAUAUUAGAUGUUGUAUUCGACCACAACUAAUCAUCCUUCACUGAAACUUUUAUUGAUGUAUAUUUGCAAUGAAUGCACUCUUUCAUCUGCUGA